AUGUCCAGUCCUACCACCACCACCACCAUCACCACCACCACCCCAACCCCGCCAACCCCCCUCCCCCCCGCAAUCCUCAUCCUCUGCACCACCUCCACCGCGCCCGGCCACGUCCUCCCGCUGACCUCCAUCGCGCGCCACCUCACCGCCGCCCACUACCCGGUAACCUUUGUCGGCGCGCCGCAGCACCGCGCCCUGAUCGAAGCCUCCGGCGCGACCUUCUUCCCCGUGUGCGACGCGCUGACCCUCGAGCACGGGCCGUACCGGGAGUGGGGGGCCGCGCGCGCGCGCUAUGCCGAGGGCUUGCCGAGGAUGGUGCAGGAUUUUAGGACGUUCUUUGUGGGGGCAGGUCAGGGGGCAGGUGGAGAGUACGACAACGGCGUUGCAGUGGCGUGA